AUGUCGAGUGCACUAAUUACAGCAGACUGGUUUCGUUUAGGACCAGACCUAUAUAGAAAAUUCGAAAUCUACUCGAUGGAAUGGAACCAAGAAAUAAAACUGGAAAAUUUCGUUGCGGCCUCCGCCUCAUACGGAGGCCCCUUGGCCCUGACGAGAAACAACAAGAAAACUAUCAAACUCCACGGCACUGCUCAGCCUGUUAUUUCGAUUUUUUCCGGAUCAGGAAAAGCUAUAACAUCGUUUAAAUGGACUCAUAGGCCUAUUGUCCACAUGGGCUGGUCAAACGACGAAAAACUUAUAUGCAUACAAGACGAUGGCAAUGUCAUAAUUUUUGAUAUGUUUGGUAAAUUGGUGCACAAGUUUAAUGUUUUCCAAAAAGUUCACGAUGCAAAAAUCAUUGAUGCUAAAGUUUUUACAAAUUCCAAAAAUGUUACUGGAAUUGCUGUGAUGACAGCCAACUUUAAUGUGUUUGUUGUAAACAGUAUUAAGGAUAUUAAAUCUAGACAACUUAGUAAUGUACCAAAAUCCCCUUCUGAAUCAACCUGGCCAACAUGGGGCAUUAUAUCAGAAGAAUCGUCCACAGAAGUCCUUUUUGCUAGAGAUAAGGAACUCUAUAGACUUAAACAGGAUGAACAUUAUACCAGCGCAAUGCUACAACCAGACAUUUCAGUGCCCUAUCAUGCCAUUUUAGAGAUGGCGAUUUCUUUGAAUGCUCGUCAUUUAUGUUUCUUUACGGAUUCUGAACAUCUUUGGCUUGGUUCCACUGAUUUGAGACAUAAAUAUUGCGAAAUUAACACCAAUAUCAUUCAUAGACCUAAGCAACUAGUUUGGUGCGGCAAUGAAACUGUGGUAGUUUAUUGGGAAACAGAUCACACUGUCCUUGUAGUGGGCAAAAAUGGUCAAACUCAAACCUACAUUUACGACAGUUCUGUUCAUUUGGUUCCAGAAAUCGAUGGUGUACGAAUUAUUACCAGUGCCCACCACGAAUUGUUGCAAAAAGUGCCUGAAGUGGUUCAAAAAAUAUUCAGAAUCAACAGUACCGCUCCAGGAUGUUAUCUUUUGGAAGCAUCCAAAAAAUUCCAGAGUGGUAGUCAUAAGGCCAACGAAUACCUCACUGAAAUAAAGAAGAAUCUCGAAGAAGCUGUUAAGCAAUGUUUGGACGCUGUAAAGUACGAAUUUAAUCCAGAUAUUCAAAAAAUGCUUAUAAGAGCCGCUCAGUUUGGAAAAUGCUUCAUUUCUGGCAUUAAUUCUGAUAAAUAUGUGGAAAUGUGUAGGCUUUUGAGGGUAUUGAAUGCAAUAAGGGACCCUAAAGUCGGAAUACCUUUGACAAUUGAACAAUUAAAAUAUAUGAAAUUUCGAGAUUCCAGCAACACAUCGGAUGAAAAUGAAUCUCUAAAAACCCUGCUUGAUAGGUUAAUAGUAAGAAAUAUGUACUUUUUAGCAUUGCAAAUUGCAAAUUAUUUAAAACUACCAGAACAUGUUGGUAGUAGCUAUAUUUUGGUGCAUUGGGCCAAGUAUAAGGUUAGUCAACAUCAAACAGAAGAAGAAAGCGUGGCACGUGAAAUAGCUGAAAAACUUGGAUAUUCUUCAGGUGUUUCUUAUAGGGAAAUUGCUGAAAAAGCUUCAGAAUGUGGCAAAAACAAGCUGGCUAUAAAGCUUCUGGACUAUGAAUCUAAGGCCAGCGAGCAAGUUGAGCUUUUACUAAAACUACACGAAAACAAAUCAGCUCUACAUAAAGCCAUUGAAAGUGGCGAUACAGAUCUGGUUUAUAUGGUCAUUUUGGAGUUGAGAAAAAAAAUGACUCUUGCAGAUUUCAAGAUGACUAUUCGCAAUUUUCCAGUAGCUCAAUCACUUUACAUAAAAUAUUGUAAAAAAUAUAAUAAAUCCGCUUUAACUGAAAUUUAUAUUCAAGAAGACGAUUUUCCAUCUCAGGCUGAAAUGAUCAUAGAAGAAUGCUUAGAGGAUCAGAAAUCGCAUUUGAAAGAUUCCCUUUUAAUGUCGGCAAUAGACGCCUAUAAAAAAGGCCGCAAAGAUUUAUAUGCAGCCCUUUGUGAAGAAAAUUUAAAACUAUUGAAGUUCCAACGCGAAUUAGAAGACAAUCUACAGGCCUCGAAUAGGUUGUCAGGAAAAUCCGUACACGACACUUGCAAAACUCUAAUGGAAAUGAAAGAGUGGAAAAUUGCUGAAAAAAUUAAAAACGAUUUUAAGAUUCCAGAUAAGAGGUAUUGGUGUUUGAAAAUAACUGCGCUGGCCAAUCACAGAGACUGGAAAGAACUAGAAAAUUUGUCAAAAUUGAAGAAAUCUCCUGUGGGAUAUGCUCCAUUUGUGGAUGCUUGUUUGGCCAAUGACAACAAAAGCGAAGCCAAAAAAUAUUUAUCCAAAAUUGCUGAGGAAAUUAAAGUGAAAUAUUACCUUAAAAUGGAGUUGUUUGAGGAAGCUGCAGAUAUAGCCUUCCAGCAAAGGGACGUUCAAAGUUUGAUGAAUAUUCAAUAUCGAUUUGCUGGCCAGCCAGAGCUUUUACAAAAAGUCACUGGCAUGAUAAAUCAAUUAGAUUAUAAGAAAUAA